AUCACUCUUUCGUGAAAAUAUAGUGGUAAUUGUGAUAGUUUCCAUAUCCCUUUGCAAAUCUGGGAUCAGCUUCGUUAGAGCCUACAGUGGAACGGGAUAUUCUUAAUUUAAUGGGUGAGACAGAGGUUUCGAAAACAACUGUAGGAGUCCACCAGAACAAGGGAAAUGGACCCUUCAAGGCAUUUGAUUCGGCAUUUUCUGCAGUUUUUGUUCAGCUGCCUCGCACGCUUCAGAAUUGUCUCAAGUCUCGUUUCCAAAGGUUAGCAAAGGAUAUGGAAGGAGUAAAAUUGAGGGGGACCCCUGCUUUAAGAAAGGAGAAAAGAUCAUCUACUCCUUGGGAAAUUGAUCUGGAAAAGCAGAUGCUAGCAUGGAGUGAAAAUCCAUCAUGGGUUGAUCAACCUCCAGAAAUAAAGGUCAGCGUACCAAAAGGUUCUCUUUGCAACCUCAACGUAAAAGUUAAUAUUGGGCUGCCUCCAGAUGCAGUAUAUAAUAUUGUGACAGACCCUGAUAAUAAGAGGGUUUUCAAGAAUAUUAAGGAAGUAAUAUCCAGAAAGGUUCUGGUCGAUGAAGGUCUGAGGCAGGUGGUAGAAGUGGAGCAAGCAGCCUUAUGGAGAUUUCUUUGGUGGUCAGGAACCAUAUCGGUUCAUGUUUUAGUAGAUCAAAACAGAGAAGAUCACUCGAUGAAGUUCAAGCAAGUGAAGACAGGGUUUAUGAAAAAAUUCGAAGGGUGCUGGACGGUAGAUCCUGUGUUUGUCGAUGAAAAAAUCUGCUUCCCCCUUAAGCCAAAGACAUGGAAAGAUUAUUUUGCAUGUACGGGAGGGAAAGGAAGGGUUGGCUCAAAAGUGAGCUUGGAACAACUGAUACAGCCGGCCCUUGUUCCACCGCCACCCAUCUCCUGGUAUCUCAGGGGAAUAACCUCCAGGACAACAGAGAUGCUGAUAAACGAUCUGCUUGCUGAAGCUGCCAGAAUUAGGGGAGAUUUUUGCCCCGGAAAUUCUGGUAAAGAGCUUGAAACAUCCAAGGAAAAGUUUGAUGAAUGCCUAGCCUAUAACAAUAUAUGUGAUAUUAAAGAAAGAUGGGCACUGCAUAGAAGAAAUGCAAAGCAAGGUCAGAGAAGGCUUCUGACUGCCAAUUGAUCAACUUGUGUUUAAUUUCUCGUUAUCAACUUAUCUAUAUACAUUGUAGCUGUAAUUGAUAUCUGAGUUGUCUAGCAAUGAUUGAUAAUAACAUAUAUCCAUCGAAA